AUGACUCAAUUGGCUUGUCAGGCAUGGAAGAAGUGUACAGUUCAUAAGUGGAAUCUCUCACACAAGCUUCUGACAGACUCCAAGAUGAAGCGUGAGCUUCAGAAGUACUUGGCUACUCACUCCAAUCUUCGUAACGAGAUUGAGGCUAAAAUUGACCAUCUCUCUAGUAUUGAUGAAGAGCCAUCUGAUGGUGAAGACAAGAAGGAUGAACUUUGUUCCUCUGAAGUUCUGCUUUCUGCUGUUGUGGAGCAUGAAUUUAACAUUGACGUCGGUGGGAAUCUGACACAUCAACAGGAUGGCCUUGCUACUAGUGCUGACAUUGAGACUUGGAAUGGCCAACUCAUGAGUGCAAGCACUGGUGACAAUCUUGAUGCUUAUAGAGAUGAUGACACAACUUGGAAUGAGUAUAUAAUAGCAGCACAGCAUUAUAUGUUAUAG